UCGUCGUAGUCGUCGUCGUCGGUCUGCUAGUACCAACCUGCCAGUUGAUUGCCAGUUUGCUCACAGAGGGCACUGAGUUCGCGCGCGUGAAUUCUUCAAUCUCUGCUCGGUGAGGUCCCCAGCCCUAUGUCCGGUCAAAGGGACACGUUAAAGCUCUAACUUAUGAGAAACUAGUCGUGUUCGGGUUUUUGAUAUUUGGUUGGUUCUACGAUUAGCAUCGAACUAUGGACAAUCGGAAUUUCAGAAUGUGUUAAUCGAUUCCGCGCAAUCUGGUGAAAGUUGAACCCACUCUAGAUCUUAUCGUGUGAUUUGUGCAGUGUUGUACUUGAUCAGGAAAAACAAGAUAAGCCUGUACCGCUCGCGUUAUCAACGUCACCAUAUAUAUCGAUGACGGCACGCGUUCCACCGGCGAGGAAAGCUCCGUAAUUAAGUGAACCAGCCCAGAACCUGUCGGUUGGAAAAAAAAGGGGGGCGAAAGGGAAAUCAAAGUGCGUACAUCAACAGCAAAUUGCUCCGGGAGUAUUGAAUGAAAAAUUGAAAGUGUUUGUAAACAUAGUAAACAAGUAUUCAAAUAGCUCUAGAUCAGCAGAAGCCUGCUGCCGCCACCGCCGCGGUGUCAGUGGUGAGUGAUUUGAUCGCCGAGAGUAACACACCCAUAUCGGCGUCUGGGAGGAGGGGGCUGAAAUCCGCCCGGAGCCAAUGAAAAAGCAAUUUCGAAAAAUUAGCUCCCAUUAAUUUAAAGUGAUGCCGAGAGGUUCCCCGCCACUCCCGUAACAACAGUAGUAGUACUAGGUCGUCAACGCGAUACACUCGUCCAAGAUCACCGAUAUCGGCGAGUAUCGAUUCAUUGAUCACUGUGGCCUAAGUGUGUCUGGUGUCGCGAAGCUAAGUGUUCGGUCGGGGCCCCAGAAGUGCGAGCCGAAAACAAAAGUAUAUGUAUCAAGUCCCUAAAACGGCCCCUCCCGCUGCCCUGGGGUGGAAGAAGAAGCAAACGACGAGAAGAAAAGUGCAAAAAAUCGAUCUCCCUCGUGGCUGUGAGUGCGUCUGCUAAGAGAUCCAAUUUAAUCAAAUUAUAAAAUAAAAAUCGCGUAAAUAUUGAUGAAGGUGAGCGGUGUCCGAUCUCGACGUCGCGUCGUCAUCGUACCUCCUCAGGCAGGAGCCUUAUUUAAGUGAAUCGAAAAAAAAAUCAAUUGAUUGCCGUCAAUUGUGAAGAAAUCAUCGCCUUCAACGUCAUCAGGUGUAUCGAUCUCGGCCAAGUCAACUACGUGUGUAUCCUGUUCAUCCAUCCAUCCCCAAUCUGCGAGAGAAAAAAAAAACCCGCGCAAUUGUUCGUAAAUCAACCAACCGCGUCCGUCAUCGCGUCCGACAGCAAUUAAUACGUGAAAUUCUUCGUGUAAUCGUUCGUAAUUAACCCGUCCAACCGAAAACCUGUCCGCUGCUGCCUGGUCGCUGAAACGAGAAAUUUAAACAGGACGAAUUCCGCCACACUCAACAACUGCCGCAAAUACCACACUGUGUCACCGGCAGUACCAACAGCAUGGCGUCGCCAUCGUUGCCGUUGUCGUUGAAAAGACAAGAAGUGAGAUUUCAAUUAAGCUGCUAAUUUAUUUACCAUAAUUAUAUUGGAUGUUAAAAUUUCCAACUCGUUCCUCGAGGCAAGCUCGAGCAAUGUGAACCGGAGCGUGGAGUAAUGGUCACCCAUCACGUUGCUGUGUGGAUCCCCGGAGAUCUGGAGCCGCCCACACACCAUCGUUGCCGUCAAUGAAGCAUGGGAAAUCAAGUAAUCAAGAACCGGGAAAACAACAACAGCCUGAAGGUGUGCCAUUUGCUGGCCCGUAAAAAGUGUCCCAGCAGCAGCAAGUGCACUAUGUAGGUGAAAUUGCAUUACGGAAAAAAACGUACUUCUGCUGCGAAGAAUCCAGAAGAAACGUGACUCCCACUCACGCCAGGAUGCCAACCUGGAGGGUCUGAGAGUUCUUUCCGAGUUUUGUGAGGCUGUGCUUAAAUAGCAUCGGUGGAAGUCAAUUAAUAAUUAAGUUGAUUGUAAUUUAUUGAUCAAGUUUUGGGUGCGACUUUUGAGUUAAUUAGAAUUACGCACUGGUGCUUUUCGCUGAAAGUGUUUGUAAGCUGCUUUGAAAUAGCUUUACAGUGAACAGUGUACCAUUCAUAAAAGACUGGAAAAAGUUGGAGGGCCUAUAAGGCUUCGAGUACGUGAAGAAAAUGUAAAUUUCUACAAGCCGUCGUAAUAAAGAUGGUUCUGAGAAAAAGCGACUGAGAAAAUAUCUUACGACGAUAAAAAAAUUAUGUGCCGUUGAGUGGUUCCAAGUGGGGGAGAUAGAGAAAGGAAAUAACAACCAUUUAAUAGUGUGUGCAUUGUGCAAAGAUCGAUAAAAUCCACCGAAGAUUAAUUCCGUUCGGAAAAAGAUAAAUAAAAAUAAAAAUGGCCGAUUCAAGCAGCAGCGAUGAAGAAUUGGCUCAGGCUGCUGCCACGGCAUCCACCGCUUUGGUGACGAAGCCUUCGACAGCAGCCGUGAAGAUGGUCCAAUCGAGAGAACGUGGACCGGCUCAGUGUCACGAGUGCUACGGAGACUGCAGUGAUUGUAGUGCCGUCUGCUGCAAGGAUACGGUGCACAAGUGCCACUCGGAUCCACUGAGUGGAAGGAUUAUAACGGGGAAGAACUUGCUGACCCGUUCGCUUCGAUAUGCACCCGGUCCGGCUACCAGAAAGUGUGUGCUCACCCUGGAUGGGUACUCCUAUGUUAUCGUGGCCAGUUCACCCGAGAACAAAUUUACCAAAGAUGAUCUAGCCGUAGCACCACGCGAACAGUCGCCCUGCUACGACGCCACGUGUCAAGGAUCUGCCUCCAGCUACGGUGCUUGUUCAUCCUCAUCGGCAGCUGCUACGGGGACACAUUCUCAACAUCAGCAACAACAACAACAACAACAACAACAACAACAACAACAGUCAGUAGUAGAGCAAUCACCCCUUUACCAACAGCAGCCGAGGCCCCCGUCGUCGUCGUCGUCUUCGAGUUGUCUCCCGCACCAUCAUCAUCACCAUCACCACCAUCAUCACUGUCAUCAGACACCAACGCCACCACCGGGGGCAUCCUUCGCAGACUGCGGCUCACGUAAUGGACAGCUUGCAAAACAAGGCAGUCUGACGAUCGUAAGACGCACCAACAGUCGGAAAAAUACGCACAUCCUGCAGCAGCAACUUCAACAUCAACAAGAGCUACUUGACUCUGACACCGGUGACUAUCAGAACCAGCAGCAACAGCCAGAGGGGGACUUUUCCCAGCAGCAGCCUCUGUCGGAAAGUGAACUCGCGCUCGUCAAUAGCCAGCUCAGUCGAGAGCUCGAGAGUAUGCAACCAACAGCCGGGUCCGGGUCCGGGUCGCCGCCGUCCAGCGCCGUCGUGCACCGUGCCGAUACGCUCACAGGGGAUGAGUUGGAAAAUGUUGACUUGGCCACAGACAAUCUACCAGCGGUCGAUACACCAGAUGCAUGUGAUAAAGCCGCACUAAGACUCCGUUGUCUUUUGCGGCAGCUGCAGCGCGGUGAAAUAUCCGCUGAACUGCUGCAGAAAAACCUUCAUUACGCUGCCCGCGUACUUGAAGCCGUUUUCAUCGACGAGACAAAUCAAGAGGAAGGCGGUGGCGGUGGUGAUGUAAAUGCGGCAAACAGCAGAGGUGGUUGUGGUGGUGGUGGUGGUGGUGCUAACACUAACAACGUCGGUACCGCAGGAGACAGUAGCAACGUCAGCAAUGCCACCAGUAAGGAACCCAGGCGGGGCGUCACGACUUCGGCCCCGCCCACCCACAGUGGUCCCACGGGACCACCGAUUGGAAAAACCGUCAUUCAGAGGCGAAAACUACGUGCACCGGUUUGGGCCAGGCGUCUAGCUGACGAAGACGAUGAGCUAUCGGAGGUGCAACCGGAUGCCGUUCCCCCGGAGGUGCGGGAAUGGUUGGCGUCGACUUUCACCCGCCAGCUCGGUACCACUCGGAAGCGGUCCGACGAGAAGCCCAAGUUCCGCUCGGUGGCCCACGCGAUCCGGGCGGGCAUCUUCGUCGAUCGGAUCUACCGACGCAUCUCAAGCACGGCGCUGAUGCAGUUCCCGCCCGAGGUUGUCAAGGUUUUGAAGUGUUUGGACGACUGGUCGUUCGAUGUGUUCGCCCUUGCCGACGCCGGCAACUGCCAACCGGUCAAGUACUUGGGUUACGACCUGCUGAACCGUUACGGAAGCAUCCACAAGUUCAAGAUUCCACCGGCCAUGCUGGAAACGUUCCUAUCGCGCAUCGAGGAGGGCUACUGCCGCUUCCGCAAUCCGUACCACAACAAUCUACAUGCCGCCGAUGUCGCACAAACCGUACACCACAUCCUCUGCCAGACGGGGAUGAUGCAUUGGCUGACCGAUCUGGAGAUCUUCGCCACGCUUUUAGCGGCCUUAAUUCACGACUACGAGCACACGGGGACGACCAACAACUUCCACGUGAUGUCCGGAUCGGAUACAGCGAUGCUGUACAACGAUCGUGCCGUGUUAGAGAAUCAUCACAUCAGUGCAGCGUUCCGGGUGCUGAAGGAGGACGACUGCAACGUGCUGCAGAAUCUCUCGAAGGAAGAGUACCGCGAGCUGCGGUCACUGAUAAUUGACAUGGUACUCGCGACCGAUAUGUCGUUCCACUUUCAGCAACUGAAGAACAUGCGUAACCUGCUGACGCUGGCCGAGCCGCAGGUGGACAAGUCCAAGGCGCUCUCGCUGGUGCUGCAUUGUUGUGAUAUUUCUCAUCCGGCCAAACGCUGGGACAUCCAUCACAAGUGGACUAUGCUACUGCUCGAGGAGUUCUUCCGGCAGGGCGAUCUCGAGCAGGAACUCGGGCUCCCCUUUAGUCCGCUCUGCGAUCGGAACAAUACGCUGGUGGCGGAGUCACAGAUCGGUUUUAUCGAAUUUAUCGUCGAGCCCAGUAUGGCUGUGUGUGCCGAUAUGUUAGAGAUAAUCUUAGCACCGAUAGCACCAAUCGCAAUGAAUAGUAGUAAUAGCAAGAACAACAAUAACAAUAAUACUAGCAUUAAAGGAAACAAUACUCUAAGUGUACCGAACAACAGCAACAACAACAACAACAACAACAACAACAACAACAGUAGCAGCCACAAUAAUACAAGUAAUGAAGCAAUAACCAAUAACGGAGGCACUAGCGGAGGAGGUGGAGGAGCAGGAGGCGGAAGUAGUGGUGGUAAUGCGGAGGCAGGUGCCGGUGACAAGCCGAAGCCGAAACCGGACGUUAAGAAUGGCGCAAAACCGGAUCGGUUCGAGAUUAAGAAACCGUGGAUCACCUGUCUGGCAGAGAACAAGAAGAUUUGGAAGGAGCAGGCUCAGAGAGAUGCCGAAGCCCGUGCGGCGGCUGCUGCCGCAGCGGAGGCCGCUGCCAACGUCGACGAGCAAAAGACGACGACCGAAGAAGCCGCCCCGGAGGCGGAACAGGAGUCGCAGGAAGCCACCAAGGAAUAGUUUGUUUCUACAACAGCAUCCUAUAACGAUACGACUACUGCUGCAACUAACUGCUAAUGCUGCUGCUACAGCUACUACUACAGCUACUAGUGUUAGUACUAAAAACACAUACCUACAUACCAGAGACACUUUUUUCUAGCGAAACAUGAACAAAAACAAACCAGAUAGAUCAGUAAACCCAACCACCAAAACAAAUAAGUACAGUAGUAGACUUUCGAUGGUAUUUUUGUGCGCGUAUGAAAAUCAAGACAACAGUCAGUGACGACCGCUGUCUCCGGCACUGUUUCUCAAAAAAAAAACUCUUUCACAAGGAAACUAGUAGUCUAAAAUCAGAAUAAGCUAAAGGAAGCAAAACUUACAAAAAAAUACUAAAAAGUAAACACACACACACUCAUAUUUCGAUAAAUGUUAUUAGGAGAGAACAAUCUAAACAAAGAGUCUAAUAGCGUAAUUAAAAAAAAAGAGCAAAGAAGAAAGAAAUGACAGAAGUAUUUACAAUCUCUAUCCAUACAGCUAACACUCAAUAAAACACAAACACACACACAUACACGCAUAUUCAUAAAGUAUAUAACAAAACAAUGAAAAUUUAGAAAUGAUCCUGCUGAACGUGACAAGAUUUAGGCAGCCAAUAUUGCACCCGGCUUUCUUUUUUUUUUUUGAAACGUGAAACAAGAAUUGCGAAAUUCGCCGGAAUUCGAAAAUCUCUCCUAUCCUAUAUACAUACAAUCAAAUGAUCGCAAAUGAACACAAAAAUCCCACUAUUUUCCAUCGACUAUCCGUGCAAACGAAAAACAAACAAAAACUCCCGCUUAUAAAUAGUGUGAAUGAUAAAAGCUAAGAGGAUAAGUUGAAUAAAACAAAAAUCAGCAAGCAAAUGGAAUUCAGAUUGAUGGCUUACAAAACUGCGUUUUCUUCUUAUUCUUCUUCUUCUAACAAUCAUUUGGCCAUUUUUAAUUUCACCACAGCUGAUGCAGCGUUGCGAAAAAUGAGUGAGUUUUCCUUUAACUGUAGGUAAACGCAGAUGUAAACCGGCUUUACCUUUCAGUUUUCUCCACUUCAGCUCCGGGGGUUGCCGGGUUCAGAAAUAAAUCCAACUUUAUUUCCAAUUAGAGACUCCUUGUGUCGGUUGGUGCUGUUGUUGUUGUUGUUUUUCAGUGGAGAGGGUUAUUCUGGGUGGUAAGAGGAUUACGUGUAGGGACGUCUGGGACGGUCAGCAGUCAAUGAUGGUCAAUAGGAGAAUAUUCAAAAUGGUCUCUAAUUGAGUCGAUUUAAAAAAAAAAAUCCAUAUAGGAUCGACUGGUAUUAGGAGCAAAAGGUCACCACCGGUUAGGAUAAGAAGAUAUAUUUCAAAUUCGAGAAAAUCUCAGGAAUAAUGGACCACUUUGUCAAGCAGUUUUGGCGCGAUGCCAGAAAACUGGACCAACAAAUUACUAUGUUUCUUGUGGUUCUAAUAGCAAAAAUCUCAUAGUAUUAUUAUUUUACGACGUCAUUUUGAACUGCUCGAAUUAUGCGGUUGAUUCAUGUAAUUUUUUUCGGGAUGAAAUCUGAUUGAAACAUGAACACUUAACGCAUUCAAUUAAAUCUGUUCUUUUUUAAACCAUACAUGCAAAAUGAUAGAAGCUUGCAUUAUUGGAUUACCAUGUUUCGUUUUCACUUCGAUCUGCUAGAAUAAAGCAGUAAAUAUGUGAAAACGAUGGAACCUGUAAACCGCGAGUAUUCAGUCUUCUUCAACUAACUUUAGUGUUAGGAAACAUUGUAAAACGAAUAAUGCAUUACGGCUCCACAAAGUCACCACUACUGAGCCUUGAUAAAUAGAUUAAAUUAAAUAAAACGUCAGACUGAUAAUUUAUGACUGAAAUUUGGGUCAAACAUUUCGGCAUGUGAAACCUAAGUAGUUGGUCCUAAUCAAAUUUCAAUUAAAAUUAUGUUUUCGUGACCGAAUUGGAAGAAAAACAAUGGUUAAACAAAAAAGAAAGCUCAAGAUAAGCUAGAUUAGUUUAGAACUAAAUAUUGCUUCCAUCAAUUUAUCAAAUUAUAGAAAGGACUAAACCCAUAACUCGAGCAGUUGAGGGUUGACAGCUAAAAGUUCGACACUGCAUUUGGUAGAUCAUAUCUGUACUUGCCACAAUUGUGUUUUUUGAGGAUAUUGAGGUAAAUGCAUAUUGGUAAUCUGCAUUAAAAAUGAAACCGAAAUCCAAAAUUUCACCAAAUUUGGUGCACUGGAACUAUUUCAAUAAAAUCAAGAUCUUAGCGCCCCUCAGUGGGACUUUGUAUGGGAGCGAGCUAACAAUUGAGUUGUUUAGCGGUAUUGAUCUAUCUGCAUUUAAAAUGGAAGCGAAAUCCAAAAUUUAAUUAUUUUUGGUACGCUGCAACUAUUCUAAAUAAGUUCCAUUGUUUGAUUAUUAAUUCAUUUGAUAAGGCUCAAUCGAAUUAACUUUACACAGCCGAGGAUUUACUUAAACACUUUAUCUUCCGCUAUCCAAAAAGCCUCCUUCAUCAGAACGGGAUCCGGUGGUUUAAUUGUAUGGCAGCUUCGCCAACGGGGGGCCGAGCGUUUCAAUUGUAGCAAUGGACACAAAACGUUGUCAUCACUCACACACUCAUCACGAAACGGUUGCUCUCGAAAGUCGACGACGCAUCGACCGAAAAAACUGCUGAUGAAGAACAAUGAGGAGGGCAACACCAGCGUUGCCAACCUUCCAUAUUAAUGGACCAUCCAAACAAUCUCUUGUCUAGACCAGACGUUUUAUCAUUUUCCAGAGUUCUCAAUUCGCCUUGGUUUACAAUGUUAAAUAAAGUGGGCAUCAAACGGUUUUACUGCUCACGGAAAACUUUCAAAUAUUAUUCCUUGGGAAAUUAUUCAGAUUUAAGAUAGCUGAUUUUAACUUUUGGAAUCAAUUUCUGGAUGAACCAAGCAAUGUGGUUAACUUCUGGGGUUAAAGUUUGAGCCACAACAAAAUGUGUUGGUGCCAGCUCAAUGACUUUGGCAUACUUUGAAAUAAUAUAUUAACAUUUGAUGGUCGAGGAGAUAUGCAACAAGCCAUUAUCCUUGGUGUUAAGGUUUUGACAUAUAUUUAAAAAACGUCAUUAUAAAGAACAUCCAGACCAGUGAUGGCAUGAUCAUUAGCAAAUUGAUAUUUUUCCGCUCUCAUACGCUCUCAAAUACCACGCGUGAUAAUGGAGCAAAAUAUCAUGCUUGAUCUUGAUUUUACAAGCUCCUUUGAUAUUAUGAGACUAUUCACAACGUGUAAAGUUAAAGCUGAGAGUUGAAUCGACGCAAAUAUGAUUGUGUUGCACCUCGUUUUCUUAGAAAGAGGAGGUAUGAUAAUGCUAUCUCUUUUUACUCUUCACCGAUGGCAGACACGAAACGAUUGCUGCCAGCCUAAUGGAAGUUUGGGUUGCGUUCGGGUGUAACGAGAAAAUCACGAAACUCAAUCUCACCACAGUUUGGUGAGAUCUGCAGUUGGUGAGUUUUGUUAGCUUGAUAUUCCGAGCUGCAAUAUCAAAGCUAACGAUAUCAACCGCAGUUGUUUGCUUGUUGAUUUUUAGCUACGAAAAUCAAGCGUGAUAUUGUGCUUUGGUGAAAUUUGAUUAUUUGAUAUUUUUCCAACACUGAUACGGACAAAUCCAGACUUUUCACUCUACAACAGCCUGAUUUUUCGAAAAAUCACUUGGCAACCUGGACCACACAAUGGUUGCUGCCGAGUAAACAGACGAUCGCGAGACUCUUAUCGAGAGUUUCCUGCUUCUUUCGAAACCCAAGUGAAAAUUGAAAUAAGUGCGAUUACAUUAGCGAAAAUUCAUAAAAAUAUCGUUGUGCUCAGAAAACGAAGAUCUUUCAAAUGAUGUAUCAAAACCGAUAUACUUUUCUAAAUUAAAAAAAAACUCAAUUGGUACAGGCUUUGAUAGCUCUCAAUCAACAACUGUGGAAGUGCUCAAAGAACACUAAGAGAGCCGGCGUAAAGUCCCAAUGGGGACGUAAUAAAGCCAAAAGAAGUGCAUCAAUCUAAUAUUGGUGUAAAUAUUCUUGGGAACUCCAUACGACCACAAAUGAUCUUGUUUUUGAAUUCUUAUGUGAUUUGAUGAAUCACACGUAGCCUUUCUUUUGAGUUAAGUAAGAUUCUACCCGAGCAAUGUCUGGGCUUAAAUUGAAAACAUAAUUUGAUGUUGUGAUGUCCAUGAUAAUAACCACUCAGAUUGCUGUCGUUUUCGUCGUUUUAACGGUUAAAAUAUCGCAUUGAAAACUAAUUCUGCUCUCAGUGAGAGAUCAAACUGAAAACUCAAUUUGUUAUCAAAUUUUUCAAUUGCGUAAACCGAUUUCAGAAUGAAACUUUUUGGUGGAUUUAUUUGUUAAAGCUCAAUUGAAUAAACUUUACAGAGCCGAUGAUUCUUGUGUACUAUACUAAACAUCUUAACACUAUAGUCAAAAGGUGCAACACAAUAAACACUUUAUCUUCCCCUAUCCAAUAAGCCUCCUCCAUCAGAACGGGAGCCACUUCCAGUGGUUUCAUUGUAUGGCAGUAUCACCAACGGGGGGCAGCACGCUUCCAUCGCAGCAAUGGUUGCUGCCAAGUAAACAGACGCUUGUGUUACACACAUCGAGAGUGGCCUGCUUCUGUCGACAGCCGAGUGAACACUGAAUGAUUUCAGUUUGAUGUUUGAAAUUUGAUUUCAAUUUGCUGUCAUUUUGAUGCUGGAUUUUGCUCGGGUAGUCACUUUUCUAGGGGCACCGGAAUAGGAUCGUGUGUGACCAAUAUGGUUCAGGCCACUCAAUAUUAUCGUCAAUAAUCUUGUUUUCGAAUUCUCAAUUGAGUUGAAGUGACGCAGGGGAUUGGUACGUUUUGGGUCAUCCCUGAUUCCAAGAUAUGUUUCAGUCAUAUUUCCGAAACCAGUUAACCAAAUCUAAAGAUGGUGAUCAACAAAUCCCAAUUAGUAAUUUUCCGGGAUUCCCGGUUGUGCGAUACACAUUUAAAUUAAGCAUAACACCAAAAGCGAUUGAGCCCAAGAGAUAACUACGUAAAUGGA